AUGAUCUUGCCAGCCGCCGUCACCGUCGCACUACCGUGGCUACAAUGGGGCAUAAUCAUAGCUCUAGCUUUCGUGUCAGGCAUAGCAUGGUGUUUCAUCGGCUGGGUCGUGCCCAUCAUCAAACUCAACACCAAUUCCAAGACCGCCGCCGCGCAGCUCGUGGACACGGCCUAUCGAGGAGGCAUCUGGCUCGAGCCCUUCAACGCCGCACUCGCAGCCACUCUGGGAUUGAUGUCGAUUGCACUUCGCUAUCAUCCGGACCCAGUUGAAGCUGCGAGCUGGAAAUUCUUCGCUGGGGCAAGCUUUACGCUUUUGCAGGUGGCCUGGUGGGAAAGGGUUUUCAUUUUCCCCCUCGAUGAUGCUGUAAUGGCGAUCAGAGACACGCAGGACCGUAAGAGUGCAGCGAAUGGUCUCUCUGAGCAGAAGAAACUGGCGGAUCUGCACCGCAUGCUGGAUGCAUGGGCUGUGUACCACUCUGUCAGAGCUACGCUACCGUUUGUAGCAGCCAUGGUUGCUCUGACCGGAAAGUUCAGCGUGCUGGCUUCAUGGUGA